UGUUUUGUGGAUUUUGUAGGAGGAAAACUUGGAAGAGGUCAUUGCACUUACUGUGAUAUAACUGUUAAAUUGUUUGUCUCACACAUAUCUUUCAGAUGCAAAGGAUAAUACUGACAUUAUGAAUUUUGUUACAGGCCCCGCCCAGGGAGCAAGCGGGGUUCCAUGAGAUAUAGAAAGUGAUGCAGGUCACCUUUGAUUUGGAAGCAUAAUCCAGUCUGCAUCCCAGCUCUUUCUCGUAUUAAGUUUCAUGCACUUCAUUAGAUUAAAUCACAUACGUUUGUGAUUCUGGUAGAUGGAAAGUGUUGUCAUUUUUUAAAAUUAUUUAGGUCGAAUGCCAGUAAUUUCCAAUGCAAUUUGUUUUUAAUUCAAGUCAUGAUGGUAACGUUUAUCGUAGGAAACAGAUUCUAUGCAUUUGAAGAUGUUGUUUUUUCUAUUAACAAAUGUUAAUAUGUUAGUUUUAUUAUGGUGUGGGUAGGACUAGAACCAUCAACCUCAACUCUCUCACUCCAUCCUCAAACCACCAAACCAAGUUUAUAUCUCUCUAUAUAAUGAUAUGGUCUAGUUUUGUCUUAGCAUUUAGGAGCUUUAAUCUACAUUCUAAUGUACAUAAUUUAUGGAGAUAUAUUAUUAUAUUUCUAUAUUGGCGGAGCUGUAGAGGUAGUAACUGCACAAACUCUCGGUACUUAAAUGAGUUAUUGAUAAUUUCAUACUGGACCGUAUGAAUUUAUUGAGGAACUUCACAGUUACUGAAUAUGAUUCCAUUUUGUAUGACUUCCAAAAUCAUAUUUUCUAAUUUGUACAAAUUUGCUUUAGUGGUUUUUCUUCAAUGAAGUUACAACAUAGCUACAGUUCAUUUAAAAUUAGCCAUCUUCUUCUUGUGUCGUCUAUAAGAAAAAUUGCACGGUUGACUUAAUAUAUCCUUGUUAUGGUUUUAUGGACAAUCUUUCUCGAUUAUUAUUAUUUGAUUGUGCAAUUGUGAAGUUGUUAUGAUCUGCUUGUGAUUAGUAUGUUCUUUUAUUUACCAAAAUUAUUUGAAUUCAUAACUAACUUGAUCGUCGGAGUUUUUGCAGGUACCACACCUUUGGUGUGUCAUGCUAUGCUCAUGAGUAUGAUGAAACAGAAAGGAAAUGCAACAUCUUAAAAACAUGGUAGGAAGUUUACCUUUGAUUUGAGCUGCUGGCCAUGCUUAACAGUCCGGUCUUCAACCGAGCUGAGUGAAUGAGAUUCAUUGACAUGGGGGGCCUUCUGAAACUUGAUUUUACUUAUAAAUGUCAUGUUUUUAUUGGUAAUGUAUCUUAUGUUUCAUGUUUCAUGAUAAGAUUUCAUUCACGAAUCGGAAAAUAGUUCUUUUGAUUUAGGAUUUGAAUCUCAAUUUGAUAAUCAUGCCAACAAUUGAAUGGAAUACAUAACAAUGGAAUUCACAACUAAUUAAUGUGUAUUUAAAUCUAAAUAAGGGGUGAUAACCUUUUUUUCUGCAUAGGGGGGAUGGGGAAUACAUGUCUUUUCUCUUUUUUAUUUGCAAAACAAAUUACCAAAUGUCGAUUUUCUUUAUUCACAAUGGCAGAUGUAAUUUUCAACAAGGAAGAAGAUGUCAUUUCUCCGGAAAAUGAUGUCAUUGAUGGUCCGCUGUGUUUCUAUGAUGUGCUUGCUGAUUACUUUGUACAUGUGCCUGAAAGUGGGAAGCCCGUCCUUGACUUGAUUGUCCAACUUUGGAGCCAGUCAUUUGCUUCACAUAUUUUUAGCCUCUUGUUUCACAAAUGGAUGUUUGAAGUUCAUCUUGAUAAUCCAGAAGUGCUCCUACGGUAUUCAUCUGCCCUGGUUCAAGGUGCCACAAAUGUUUUCUGGAUUGACAUUCAGACAAAUACAAAGCGUUUCCGGUCUAUAUUCCGUUACCUCUUGGAUGAUGUUGCAUUACACCACAGUAGAUUGAAUAAAAUUCCUCUCCAGGCUCAGCGAGAUAUGUAUCUUUUGCUCUCAAGGUUCAUUCUAUUUUACAAUUCAGCUGGCAAAAUCGAUAGCUUCUUGAAACAAUGUCCUGUUUUUCAAACUGCCUUCUUAGUUGGCAGUCCGGCAGAUAUAUUUGUGAAUGAACUCACGGAUCAGCUUCAAAAGCUUAAGGUGGAACCUGUACUGCUGCAUUAUCUUUCAGAAGUCAAGGUCCUUCAGGGUAUCGAAUUGAGAAUGACGACAAGUACGAGAUUGAAAACAUGUUUGUAUGGUUUUACUUCUCCUGGUGGUCCAAUGUACCCGACCAGAGCUGUUCGUCAUGCUGCAAAUUGGGUUAAAUAAAGGGGUUACACCAACUUAUUACCAGAACCUCGUGCUUAAAAAAACAAAAAUAAACAUAUAUAUAUAUAUAUAUAUAUAUAUAUAUAUAUAUAUAUAUAUAUAUAUAUAUAUAUAUAUAUAUAUAUAUAUAUAUAUAAAUAUGCCUAUUGUUGGUUGGUUCAGAGGUAUCUGGUGCUGAACUUGGUAGGGUGGAUUACGAUCCAAUCCCCCACAACUGCAAAUUGGGUUAAAUAAAAGGGGUUACACCAACUUAUGUACCAGAGCCCCAUGCUCAAGAUCAUAAUCACUAACCGGUCACUUUACUAUGAGUAUGUACGGAUAACGGGCUUAAUGUGAUUGCACCUGAAUGAAAAGGACUUGAAGAAAACGAAAAGAAGGCCUAAGUAUGGUGGGGUAAUGUAGAUUGAUUUGUAGAAACCGCUUGGACCCUCCUUCUCUAUGGUAAUGUUCCAUUCUGGUUCUGGGGGAUAUUAUGCUAAUAUGGCAUGUUACCUUAUGAAUCUCAUGCCCUCGUCUGUCCUUAACAACAAUAUCCCUCACUUAAUUUUGUUAUUUCCUUAUUCCCCCUUCACCCAAUUCCUCCUCGUGUCUUCGAGUCUACAAUAUUUGUUAAAGUAAAUGCUCGUGACGGUGACGGUACCAGUGAUCAAUCAUGGUUCUCUUUCUCUCUCUUCCAGGUUACUCCUACCCUAUCUCAUAUCGAAACACUGGGGACAAUAUUCGAUUUAAGUGUGAGAGGAGAUUUUUAUCGUUUUUAUUGCUUUUCUUUAUUUUUAGUAUGUUUUGUGCAUUUUUAGUUGUUUGCUUUUCAUUUCAAUAAAAUAACAUGUGUUUGAUGAGUCAUCUGUGUAGUGUAUCCGUAUUUCUCCCUUUUCUUUAAACUUACCAAAAUAAUUAUGAGAAAAGAAAACAGUGCAUCUUGAAUAUUCAGGACAUAAGACAGGUUUAUGACGGGAUGUAAAAGACUUGGAAAAACUUUUUCUAAAAAUCGGUAUUGUCUUAACACCGUAGGCUUCAUGAUUACAAGAGUCGAUCCCGAUAUCCCAUAUGCUGUGACCCCAAUUUUUGUUCCAAAUAAGUCCUUAAGUAGUUUAUCCUUGCAGUCAGCUCCGGCUUAAGCAUGCUCUACGUAGGGGACCGAUGAAAAUAAGUGAAUGAUCACAAAAAAAAUUCCUGCUUUGUUCUCAAGUCAUAUGAAAAUUCGGGCUAGGUGACUCUCACACGGUCAUUUAACCCAGUAAAAUAAAGACAUAUGCGAAACAUGCAGAAGAAAAAAAUAAAAUGAAAUAUAUAUAUGCCUAUUGUAAGUUGGUUCAGAGGUAUCUGGUGCUGAACUUGGUAGGGUGGAUUACGAUCCAAUCCCCCACAACUGCAAAUUGGGUUAAAUAAAAGGGGUUACACCAACUUAUGUACUAGAGCCCCAUGCUUAAGAUCAUAAUCACUAACCGGUCACUUUACUAUGAGUAUGUACGGAUAACGGGCUUAAUGUGAUUGCACCUGAAUGAAAAGGACUUGAAGAAAACAAAAAGAAGCCUACGAUCGCAUUAUCCCACCAUAAGUCUUUUUGCCUUGAGUUAACUCUAGUUGAUACUGUUUUACUUGCAUAAACUAUAAAGAGUUUUGCUUGAGGACAAACAAAGGUUUAAGUGUGGGAGAAUUUGAUCACACUGAAUCACACCGUAUUUUUGACUCGGAUUUCACAUGUUUAGUAGGACUUUAUUAUCAUUUUAUUUGUAUUAUGCUCUCUUUUAUGUUGUUUUCAGAUAUUUAGCUCUUUCGGGACACUUUUAGAAAAAACAAAGCAAAAAAACCAAAAUGAGGGUUUUUCGGCAAAUAUUGUACACAUGGCGUUGCACAUGGCGACCGCUAUAGGAGAAACCAUUACUCAUCAGCCCUCAACCAGGAGAUGACAUUUUCAUAAUUUUUAGUCAUCAAUAAGGAAUAUUCCAACUCAUGACAAGUGUAUCUCUUCACCCAAAAGUAAAUGGUGGACUUCUAAGUCCAGGGUUGAUGGGACUGUACGUUGUCUUCCUUUGUUGGUGUGCAAUUAGAAGUGAACCCGAAGGAGAUCAAUGCAUCCGGAAGGAAGGCACUGUACCCGAAACCGACUGGCUAAACAUCAUUAGUUUUGUUAUUGGAAUACUAGCAAUAGUUUUUGCAACAUUUUCAACAGGCAUAGAUUCUAAAUCCUUUCAUUUCAGUUAAAGAAGAGUGAGAAGGCAACAGAAGAAAAUGAUGUUCCAUAUGGUUAUGGCUUCUUUCAUUUUGUUUUUGCCGUAGGAGCUAUGUACUUUGCAAUGCUAUUGGUUGGAUGGAAUAGUCAUCACUCUAUGAAAAAAUGGUCACUUGAUGUGGGCUGAACCAGUGCUUGGGUCAGAAUAGUAAAUGAAUGGUUGGCAGUCUGUGUAUACUGUACCACACCUUUGGUGUGUCAUGUUAUGCUCAUGAGUAUGAUGAAACAGAAAGGAAAUGCAACAUCUUAAAAGCAUGGUAGGAAGUUUACCUUUGAUUUGAGCUGCUGGCCAUGCUUAACAGUCCGGUCUUCAACCGAGCUGAGUGAAUGAGACUCAUUGGCAUGGGGGGCCUUCUGAAACAUUGGAAAUGGGCAGAGGCUGAAAACUUUGGGUGUCAGGCUGUGUUUGAAGUGGGGAGUUAUGCCUCAAGUAUAAAUUCUGGUGUCAGGCUGUGUUUGAAGUGGGGAGUCAUGCCUCAAAUAUAAAUUCUGGUGUCCCUAGUGAAAGUUGAAGCAAAACAUUGAAAAUUUGAGUUGUUCUUCAUAAUGCCUAUUAAGCUCACCAGAUCUUGCGAAAGAAAUGGGAGAAGGAAGGUAUGUACGCUCUUGUCAUGAAUAGAUCAAAAAAUGAGUCUUGUGGUCAUUACAGGGAGAGCCAGCAGUUGAGGUUACAAAUGAAGGUGUUGAUGUUGCAGGGCAUACAAUUGUUACAACUUUGGAGGUCAUUUCCAACUUAGGAAGGUUCUCAACCCCAAGAGUGUGAUCAAACCAACAUCACUAGCUAAAGAUUAUUUUGAAUCCAUAACUAACUUGAUCGUCCGAUACUUUGUAGGUACCACACCUUUGCUAUGAUCAUGUCAGUCUUGAGGCCCUUAGAGGUAAUGUUAUUAUGUUUGCCUCUUUUAAUUUGGUUUGAUUUGUUUGUGCUCAACAAAUUGUUCAGGUUCAUUCGUUGAUUUCGUUUAUUAAUAUGUACAAGUUUUAUAAAAACGUGAAGCCUUUUCUUGACUUGAACAUUUUUUCAGAUAUGAUUCAGGUUUUUUAUUUUUUCUGAAUUUAUAGUAAUUUGUGACCUUUUCCAUGAGAUAUAGAAAGUGAUGCAGGGAACCUUUGAUUUGGAAGCAUAAUUCGGGAUUUGUCAUCGUCUCAGUUUUAUUCGAUACAACAUCUUGCCCUCGUACACCUUAACAAAAUUGGGUAGCCGGAUGUAAAAAUAUGCAUCUUGUAAAAAUCGCUUGGACCCUACUUCUCUAUGAUAUUUAGCUCUUUCGGGACACUUUUAGAAAAAACAAAGCAAAAAAACCAAAAUGAGGGUUUUUCGGCAAAUAUUGUACACAUGGCGUUGCACAUGGCGACCGCUAUAGGAGAAACCAUUACUCAUCAGCCCUCAACCAGGAGAUGACAUUUUCAUAAUUUUUAGUCAUCAAUAAGGAAUAUUCCAACUCAUGACAAGUGUAUCUCUUCACCCAAAAGUAAAUGGUGGACUUCUAAGUCCAGGGUUGAUGGGACUGUACGUUGUCUUCCUUUGUUGGUGUGCAAUUAGAAGUGAACCCGAAGGAGAUCAAUGCAUCCGGAAGGAAGGCACUGUACCCGAAACCGACUGGCUAAACAUCAUUAGUUUUGUUAUUGGAAUACUAGCAAUAGUUUUUGCAACAUUUUCAACAGGCAUAGAUUCUAAAUCCUUUCAUUU